AUCCCCUGUGCGGCUUAGGGGAGAAGCGUUUCCGGGAGAGAAAGCACUUCCGGGUGACAGUCAGAGGUCAGGGUCAUCCGCUGGCUCCUUUCUCUGCUGCCCCUCCCUGGCCGUCCCUAACCGGCCCUGGAAAGAGAAGAGACCCCCCACCCCCCGCACAAACACACACACACAAUGUCGGCUCCAAGCGCAGAGGAACGCCGUACCUGCUGGGGGGCGAGAGAUGCAUUCUGGAGGUGCCUGGACGACAACCAGGAGGACAGAGAUCGGUGCGCACAGCUGCAGAAGCAGUUUGAGAGCAGCUGUCCUGCUCAGUGGGUGAAAUAUUUUCAUAAGCGGAGAGACUUUUUGAAGUAUAAGGAGAAGCUUCUGACGGACGGAUAUGAGCCCGUGGGCCAGUCGGCAGAAUCCUAGCCCAGCUAGCGGAGGAAGAGGAGGAGGAGGAGGAGGAAGAAGACAGACGCAUGGAUGACUCGUUGGUGAACUGCAGGGUGGGAUGACAGCUGUAUCCCCUCGGAACAGCUGGAUCUGUGUCUUUGUGCCCUUCAGAUUUUUCAUACAGUUUUGUGUGACGAGCAGGACUGGGCCUCCAAUGAUUUAAUCACUUUGCCCUCUCUAUUGCAGGACGGGGGUUAAAAAUCACCCCCCUUCUGUACUAAAAGGGUCCAAGUUAUGGAGAACCUAGGGGAGUCCCACACUGGUCUUGGGGGGGCCCCCGUGCAGGAAGUCUUACAGGGUACCCUAAGUCUCCAGUGUCUGAGAACUGGGAACACUUGCUCGUGCUCUGAAACGAGUAUUGUGCUCUCCUCGGGGAAUUCAGAUCCUUGAGGGCUAAGCCCCUGUUUCCAGUCACUUUCUGAAUUAUUUCACAUACAGUAGCACCAGGAAUCGAGCGCAGUGAGACUGUGCAAAGUAAAUGAGUAAUCUGCGACUAUUGUGCUCUACUGAUAAGAAAGCCUUCAUGGGCAAAGGUGAGGUUUGCUCCCGCCACAUUGCCAAAAACAAAGGCAAUCCUGCAAUAUGUAUAUUUGUGUAAUGCAAUAAACACAUAAAAUAGAUUUUGUUUUA